UUACUGUUGUUUUGACUUUUGAAUGACCCAGAAUCGAUGUGUUAUAUAUAUUAAAUGCAGGUGGUAUCGAACAUGGACCAAGUUCAUACAGAUAUGGGCGUUGUACUCUUCCUUCUUUACUCCCUUGGAGUUUGGGUUCUUCAGGGGUUUGCCGGAAAAUCUGUUUAUACUAGAUAUUGUUGGACAAGUAGCUUUCCUCCUUGACAUUAUUUUGCAUUUCUUCCUUGCCUAUAGAGACUCUCAGACCUACAGAAUGGUCUGUAAGCCCACUUCUAUUGCUAUUCGGUACUUGAAAUCUAAUUUUCUCAUUGAUUUACUUGGCUGUAUGCCUUGGGAUAUGAUCUACAAGGUAUUGCUUUCUUCCCCCACCUACGCCUCAUUUCCUCAGGUUUAUACAUAUAGUAACAACUCUUUCAAUAAUGAAGAACUUGUGGGGUAAUGUUUUUCUUUGCAUAUGAAUUUGAGCAUGUAUAAGCUAUCAACAAAUUUAGGUAUAUCUGCUGUUUAAAAAAUUAUAUUUACAAAAUAAAUGU